AUGGCUCCAGUUUCGAUGCCGAAUCAAGCCUUCACUGUUGGAUGGAUCUGCGCCCUGCCUACAGAACGAGCGGUAGCAACGACAAUGUUGGACGAGCUCUACGACGAGCCCCAAGAACAGCAUCUAGCAGACACCAAUCAGUACGUAUUGGGACGAAUCAAGAAUCACUGUGUUGCCAUUGCUUGCCUUCCAGCUGGCGAGUACGGCCUUGCUCCAGCGGCCGCGGCUGCACAACAAAUGCUCUCAAGUUUCCCCACGAUCCGAUUCGGCCUGCUAGUUGGAAUCGGCGGUGGUAUACCAGGGCCCGGUAGAGAUAUUCGGCUUGGCGAUAUCAUCAUCAGCGAACCGCAGGGCCAGCUUGGCGGCGUUGUGCAGUACGACCGCGGGAAGACAUUCGCGCAUCGGUUUGAAAGGACGGGGUUCUUGAACGCCCCGCCGAGAGUGCUGUUGAACGCGCUGAACGCUCUGAAAGCGAACCAUCUUCUAGGUCAAUAUCGCAUUCCCGAGUUUCUUCAGGAUAUACCGAAGAACCGUCCUGCGGCCACGGCACAGUUUUUCGCACACCCGGGGAGCGAGAAUGAUGUUAUAUAUGAGGUGGCAGAAGGAACUUCCGAUGCUGAUGGAUUUGGCGAGGUCGAGAUGCCAGUGCAAAGGCCUGGCCGCCAUAACGACGACCCGGUUGUUCAUUACGGCCUCAUCGCAUCUGGCAACCAGGUAAUCAAGGAUUCGAGAACUCGCGACCGCAUGAGGAAGGAGCUGGGCAAUGUCCUGUGUUUUGAGAUGGAAGCAGCGGGUUUGAUGAACGCCUUCCCUUGCCUUGUGAUUCGGGGUGUCAGCGACUAUGCCGAUUAUCAUAAAAACGACCGCUGGCAUGGCUAUGCGGCUGCCACCGCUGCAGCUGCAGCCAAAGAAGUGCUCUACAGCGUCCGCGCCCAAGAGCUCAAAAGCACAGAUACCGCGUCGAAUGCUAUCGACUUUUUGCAGUCUCUUUCCUUCCAAGAAAUGAACCGUCGUCAGCACGAAAUAGAUGACGCUGCGGAGGGAACUUGCGGCUGGCUACUUCAGGACCCAGCGUUUGUUCAAUGGAAGGGUGAGAAAAAUGGCUUGCUCUGGCUGACUGGGAAACCGGGGUCAGGGAAGUCAACAUUGCUCAAGUAUGCUCUUAUUAAGGAGACUCAAGGGGACAUUGUUCUUUCCUUUUUCUUCUAUGAUCGAGGCUCAGAACUCCAGCGGACGCCUCGCGGCGUGUAUCAAACCUUUCUACAUCAACUGCUUCUCCAGAACCGAGAGCGAGUACGACCUCAUGUGCUCGAUAUUGUGGAAGAGUUCCAGGAAGCCCACAAAAGCCUUGUGACCCUCGAUCAAAUCUGCGUAUAUCAGGUUAACGAACUCCAGGAGCUGCUUAUAAAAUGCCUGCGCAGGAUGCUGGCCACGCAUACUGUCGAGAUACUUGUUGAUGCGCUCGACGAGUGCGCUGUAGAAGAUAUCCUGGCUCUUGAACGAUUUUUCAGGAGACUACAAGCGGAAACUCCGGCCCUUGGAUACUCCGUACGUUUAUGCGUUACUUGUCGCCAUUAUCCACUCGUGAAGUGGACAGGUGGCGUGGAAAUCUGCGUGGACACGAGAAACCUUGCCGACAUCAGGAUAUACGUUGGAAGAGCGCUGGAGGAGUUUGAAGAUGAGGCUGAUCGGCACAGCCUUGAGGAGGAGAUCGUAGAUCGAUCGAACGGCGUCUUUCUAUGGGUGAGAUUGGUUCUCCCUGUCAUACUAUCGCAGCAUAGAGCAGGAUUCAGCGUGGAGCAGAUGCGCAGUCAUCUUCAAACGACUCCAACAGAUUUGAACCGCGUCUUCCAAGGCAUUAUUCAUCAGCUUGUCGAGGGACGUCCGGAAAAUGAUUCGCCCCAAACCCUAGAGCUCUUCCAGUGGCUGUGCUUUGCGAGCAGGCCGCUCUCCCUGACUGAGCUUCGGCAUGCUAUGAAUAUUCGUAAGAAAGUCUCAUGCCCGGGGAAACAUCUCGGAUCAAUCAAGGACAACAAACAGAUGGAAAAGAGACUGAAGAGCCUCUCCGGAGGACUUGCGGAAGCAAAAACGUACAAUGAUACGCCAUUCGCACAACUGAUUCAUCAAACUGUGAAGGACUAUCUCACACUCGAGGGGUUCCAAAUCUUGGAUCGCCGUCUCUGGUCCGUGAUUAUAGUCAUUGGACGGGCUCAUAUCCAAUUGGCAACCGCUUGCAUUAAGUACAUGUCGACGGAUGAGGUUGUCGAGCGGGAAGGCCAUGUUUCCGACCAUGAAUUUCCCUUCCUUGACUACGCGAUAUCUUCCUGGAUGCUACAUGCAGAGCAGGCAGAGGCCAUGGACGUAGCUCAGGAUGAGAUUCUAACCUGCUUUGACUGGCCUUCCUCUCGGAAGGUGGACUCCUGGGUUAGAAUCUGGACCCAGCGGAGCAUCGAAUGGCCCGUCCCUAAGACCACAUUAUUGCACGCCUCAGCGAGACAUGGUUUGUUCAGUGCAGUUGCGGCGCAGAUUUGGAGAAUAACCUUAAUCAGCUAUAUUUUAGUCUUUCUUGCCUUUAAGAGCGGAACGGUCCUCGAACGUUUCAAAGAACUGGCUCGGACAGCACUGCAGGCCUAUUACUCCCAUGGCCAUAUUGAUGUCGACUGCAAAGACGAGGACGGGAGAACACCAUUAUCCUUGGCAUCAGAAAAGGGCCAUUUGGCCAUUGUCAAGUUGCUUCUGUCGCAGGAUACCGUGGAUGUCAAUUCCGCAGACACAGUUGGACGGACGCCGCUAUCAUGGGCCACGACAAAUGGAGACGACGCAGUGACGUGGGAGUUGGUCAAGCGGGGUGCCGACAUUAACAAGCAAGUCCAGAUGGGGAUGACACCACUGCACCUGGCUGCUCAGAAAGGACAUGAGACGCUGGUGCAUCUACUGGUGGAGGCAGGCGCGAGAUCGGAUGUCCAAGAUGAACGUGGACGGACUGCUCUGCAUGAAGCGGCAUUGCAUGGACACACCAAUGUGGUACAGAGACUGAUUGAAGCGGGAGCAGACAUCAAUGCCAGGGACAAAAAUGGUGACUCUGUGCUUCAUCGAGCCUGCGGCAGUAGGGACCACGCAUUAGCACGUCUCCUCGUCAAGAGGGAGGCAGACGUGCUGGCGGUAGCCGAGCUCCUCGUAAAGCACGGUGCGGAGGUCAAUGUGGAGAACAACAAUGGAGAGACCCCUCUUCAUCGAGCGGCGAAGAACGGCCGGAAAGCCUUGGUCUUGUUAAUUCUUGAGAAUGGGGCCAAUGCCUCGGUGGCGGACCAUGAAGGACGAAUAGCACUAGAUGUGGCUGCUAAGAACGACAAGGGGGAUAUUGUUCGGCUGCUUCAAUCCAUCUCCACGACGACAGCACAAGACAACACAUUGACGCUACAAGGGGCCGCACAAGAUGGAGAUCUGGGUGUAUUGCAACCGGAACUUGAAGAGAACGGCGAGAGCGUCACGCACUCGAUGGAAGCGGCUGCCAAGGAAGGACAGGAAGCAGAUGUGGUGUUGCCUACUGAUCAGCGGUUAAUUAAGCAGUCGAUCAAUGCUCAAGCACAGGCUCUGGUAGCAGCUGCGGCACGCGGGGAUGUGGCCAUUGUCGAGGAUCUCUUGAAGAAAAACCCAGCACUGGUGGACCACGCCGACGUGGAAGCAGCGCUACGUAAAGCUGCUGGAGACGGCCAAGUGGACAUCGUCCGACUCAUGCUCGAGUGCAGUGUUAAUCCCAGGGCACCGCACGAGUAUGAGCCAUCAGCUCUGCACUUGGCUGCAUUGCACGGGCAGGAAAAAACUGCCCAGUUGCUCCUGGAGACGGGAAUAGGCGUCUAUUCCGAGCAAUUCUACAGAGGGCAUCCGCUGCACUAUGCAGCCUGGGCGGGACAGCCGGCACUUGUUGAACUACUCCUAAGACACGGAGCAAAAGCCAACGACCAUAUGACGAUGUCUGGAGAUACUGCCUUGCAUGUUGUGGCUCAUACAGCCCCGGCUGGCAAGAAGGCAAUCCUACAGUUACUUCAGAGGAAACAGCUGGAACUCAGCCAGGAAGAGGCAGCGGUUGUGGAUCGGUACAAGGCAGUGAUACGAAUAUUGCUGAAGAAUGGCGCCAAUCCUCGACUUAGGAAUAGUGACGGGCAUACGGCAACAGAACUCGCCGAAAUGAACGAUAUCUCCCCCUUCUACUCUGUAUAG